CAGAAAGUCCGGGAGCGCAAACGGGAAAGCUGGAAUCGCAACCCGAAUAAAUUACAGCAAACACAACCGAGAGAGACGCGGAACAAAAAUAAAAGGGUUCUGAAGAGUAAUACACUGAUAUUUUGCACGAUUACACGAAUAAUUUGUUUGCCAGUCUAAAAAAAUUGACUUUUUUUCUUUUUUGAUUUGUCGUUUUUGUUUGAUAUUUCAAAAGUAUUGUAUGAACAUUUUGGCACAAAAUUGAUUGCUCCAGUGAACACCUUUACACCUGUACACACACACACAUUUACCCCAGUCUCAAAAUCAACUCACCUCUCCCCCUCUCUCUCUGUGUGUAAAAUCGAGGUGACCGGGUCAGAUCCUCCAGCACUGCUGUGGAAGUUGUGUAAGAAGACAUGAUGAACCGAGUGAAAACGUCCCUCUGCUUCCUGCUGCUCUGGAGAACGAAGUCCACUGGGGCCGUGAUGGUAAAACAGCGCCCUCCUGAGGAGCAGACUGCAAACACACCGCCACUGCACCUUCUGAUCACUGAGAGCCUGGAGCAGCAGGAGUUACAGCCUGAGGAGAAGAACGAGAUCACAGCUGAUCUUAUCUUACUGCAGAUGUUUCUCAGGGAAGAUUUACACUGAUUUACUGUCCUUACAAUAACAUUAACAUUGUCGUGUUAGUGAGAAACCGCAAGGAAGCGUAAACUCCUCUGUCCUGAAGAUGAAGAUCUCGCCUCUGUCUCAUACACAGCGCUCACACUGGAGACUCCUUCCACAGAUGUUUCAGACAGUAGCACACUUCUCCUUAUUUCAAGAAAACUUCACCACAUUUUUAAAAAUCUGUUUAUCAUCAUUGGAGCAUCUGCUGGACACACCCCUGCAAAUGAGCUGUUGCUAUGGAAAUGAUAACAUAUUCGAUCCAGUGCAUUAAUAUAAACUAAUAAACCUGUGAUGUGAAGCUGCACUACUGUCAGAGCUGCUGAUAGAGAAAACUAAUCAACACUUUCAGCCGGAGUCCAGAACUCAGCAGCGCUGUGGAGUGAAGAAAGCUGUUCAAAAACUUUAUUUAUAAAGAGAUUCUUCGUUUUGAGGUUUGAGACCCUGUGCAUUUAAACAGCUCCAGUUGAACCCUGCUGAUCUUCUCCUGCUCCUGAGCUCUUCUUCUCCUUCAUGAUGCCUCUCCAGCUGGGUAAAGCUCUUCUGCUUCUCCUGUUCCUCCACAGCUCCGUGUCGGACUUCUACUUUCCAGAUACACACCAAGAGCACUCAGUCAGAUCGCACGGCGACUUUACCAUCGUUCAUCCGGAGAAGGUGGACGGAGACGGUCGCUUCAUUUCUCACACGCUGUCACAUCAUUUUGUGAGCAGCAGGCGGCGACGGCGUGAGGUGGACAUGCGCAACAGUCAGCGUGUGUAUUACAAACUGAACUUCAGUGGAUGGGAUUUAACCCUCAACCUCACCAUCAAUGACAACCUUCUGGCCAGUGGGUAUGUGUUCGAGCAGAGAAUGAAGAACCGGAGUGAAAGUGAACGUGUGGUUCACAGGGAAAACGAGUGUCACCUCAUCGGCACGGUAACAGAUGGAGACGUGGAGGGGACCGCCGCCUUCAGCAGCUGUAACGGCCUGACAGGCAUGCUCUCUCUCCCUACUGGAGUGUUCCUGGUUGAACCUGUGCGAGGUCACACAUCUACACUCACACACCCUCAGCAACCACAUGUGCUCUACCAUAACCCUGUGUGGCUCAGCGUCCGAUCCCGCCGCAGCGCACACACACAGCGUGAUGUUCACACCGCCUGCGGGGUCAAAGAUAGUCCAGAGCACUCUAAGCAGAUAGAAGAUGAGAGGGAGCUUUGGGAGCGAGAGCAGCGAGGUCCAGGCCGAGUGUUGAGACGGCGUUCAGUGAGUACGGAGCGCUGGGUGGAGACGAUGGUGGUGGCUGACUCCAAAAUGGUGCAGUACCAUGGCAACAACAACGUGGAGAGCUACAUCUUCACUGUCAUGAACAUGGUGGCAGGUAUUUACCAUGACGCCAGUAUCGGUAAUGCGAUCCACAUCGUUCUCGUGAGACUCAUCCUGCUGCAGUCAGAGGAGAAAGGUCUGAAGAUCGUCCAUCACGCAGAUUCGACUCUGACCAGUUUCUGUAGCUGGCAGAAGAACCUGAACCCCCAGAGUGACACACACCCUGUACACCACGACAUCGCUGUGCUCAUAACAAGGAAGGACAUCUGCGCAGGUAAGAACCAGCCGUGUGAGACGCUCGGACUCUCUCACCUGUCUGGAAUGUGCCAGCCUCAUCGCUCCUGCAACAUCAAUGAGGACUCGGGACUUCCUGUAGCCUUCACCAUCGCACAUGAGCUCGGACACAGUUUUGGGAUUCAGCACGACGGUCAGGGGAAUGACUGUGAGCCUGCGGGUCAUACCCCCUUCAUCAUGUCUCGUCAGCUUCAGUACGACUCGUCACCUCUUACCUGGUCCAUCUGCAGCAAACAGUACAUCACACACUUCCUUGAUCGGGGAUGGGGUUUUUGUUUAGAUGAUCGUCCGUCUAAAAAGGACAUGACGACGGCUCUGCUCGCCCCGGGGGUGAAGUACACUCGGCAGCACCAGUGUCAGAUGCAGUACGGACCCAACGCCACUCUCUGUCCUGAAACUGAUAACGUGUGUCAGAUUCUCUGGUGCUCGGUGGACGGUUCCUGUCGCUCUAAACUGGACGCACCGAUAGAUGGAACCAGGUGUGGCCCUGGGAAGUGGUGUAUAUCAGGCGAGUGUGUGGUGGUGGGGAAGUUACCUGAGACGGUGAAUGGUGGGUGGGGCCAGUGGAGCACUUGGUCUCACUGCUCACGCACCUGCAGCUCCGGCGUCCAGUCAGCAGACAGAGAGUGUGACAAGCCGAAGCCAGCGUUUGGAGGGAAGUACUGUACAGGUGAGCGUAAGCGCUACAGGAUAUGUAACACGGUGCCGUGUGUAAAGAAGAAGCCGUCGUUUCGAGACAUGCAGUGCAGCGAGUUUGAUACGGUUCCGUACCACAACCAGCUGUACCAGUGGAUCCCCAUCAGCACACACCCUCAUCCGUGUGAGCUGCAGUGUCAGCCUGUGAAUGAGGAUUUCUCAGAGAGGAUGUUGGAUGCAGUGACUGAUGGAACUCCAUGUUUCUCCAACAGCAGCAGGAACGUCUGCAUCAAUGGUGUGUGCAAGGAGGUGGGCUGUGAUCAUGCAAUAAACUCAAAUGCAGAGGAGGAUCGGUGUGGUGUGUGUCUGGGUGACGGCUCCAGUUGUGAGACACUGAAUGGCAUUUACACACAGAGAGAAGGAUACGGUUAUACAGACAUGGUGCUGAUUCCUGAGGGAGCGAGGGAUAUAGUGAUACAGGAAGUGGAGGAGGCGGCGAACUUCCUGGCCAUGCGUGCAGCACACUCUGAUAAAUAUUACCUUAACGGCAAUUACAUCAUCCAGUGGAACGGUGAGUACCAGGUGGGUGGAGCCAAGUUCUACUAUGAACGCAGUGGUAACCUCGAGAACCUCACGUCGCCUGGGCCUACAAAGGAACCCAUUGUAGUGCAGCUGCUUUUUCAGGAGACGAACCCCGGCGUGCGAUAUGAGUUUGUCGUGAAGAAGAACAGCUCGGUGGAAAAUGAUCUGCUGGAACCUCAGUACCGCUGGAAAUAUGGAGUCUGGACUGACUGCAGCGCCACCUGUGGACAAGGGGAGCAGCAGCAGCCAGUGCGGUGUUUUAGAGCUGGUGUUGGAGUGGUGGAUGAGGAGCUGUGUGAUCCGAACACUCGACCUGACGACAGACGUCGCCACUGUAAGAACAUGGACUGUCCUGCCAGGUGGUGGGUGGGGGGAUGGCAGUCGUGUUCGGCCUCCUGCGGUUCUGAUGGAAUCAGAAAGCGCACAGUUCUGUGUGUUAGAACCGUGGCUGGAGAGGAGAGAGUGCUGCACCCCGGAGACUGCAGGAAACUCCCAAAACCCAAAGCGGCUGUGAUCUGCAACCGGAACGUGACCUGUGGCUCGGCCUGGGCUGUGGGGAACUGGAGCGAGUGUUCUCUGACCUGUGGUGGAGGAGUGAAAUCUCGUAGUGUGAAGUGUGUAAUGGAACCCCAAAUCCUCUGUGACGCUGUGACCCGACCUCGAUCCACAACCUUCUGUAACCUCCAGAGCUGCUACAGAACCCGACCGCGACCUUUGACCCCAACUCCGGGUCACGACCCUGAUGACCUCAUGAUCAUGUCUAAUGCCACACCGAACACACCCUCUGUGAGAACAUCACACACUCCGACUCCGAGUGUGUUACAUGAAGACGAUCAGGAUUUCAUCUUGGUUAAUAACAGCAGUGUAGAAGACGACACACACACGGGUGAGGAUGAGGCUGAGGAGGGCAGUACAGACCUGCAGCAGCCCCCUGACACAUCACCGUACACACCGGGCUACGACUACAUCACGGACGACGACAGACAGGACAUGUUCACCGUUCACACACCUGUCAACACUAUACACACACCUCAGACAACUACACACACACUGCAACACACGACAGCAAAACCACCCAGGACAAGAACAAUCACACACACAUCCGCGGCCACAGCUAAACCACGCACCACGAAAGCACCCGCACACACAGUCACGCACAGGAGACCCUCCAAAAACUCACAUACACACAAGCAGAAGAUCCUGAAGGUCCACGUGAGAUCACACAGCCCCACACAAACACACCCAGUGAUGAAGAAGAACAAACACGCACCCAGAAACCCCAGCAGAUCCACAGUGACCAAAACAGGAAGUGGCGAGAACACAGUGGCGUUCUGGGUCGUGGGCAACUGGAGUGAGUGUUCUGCCUCCUGUGGUCUGGGAGCAGUGUGGAGGUCAGUAGUGUGUAGUUCUGGUCAGGAUUCUGAUUGCAGCAGCACAGGGAAACCUGAACCUGCGCAGCACUGUAAACUUCAACCCUGUGCUGUAUGGAGAAAGUGUGUUGAGGGGUGUGUUAGUGGUAUGAAGUACAGGAAUGUGCAGUGUGUGGACUCACAGAGCAGACGAGUGUUGAGACCGUUUCACUGCUCAGACCAACCAUCACCUCCAACACUGCAGUGGAAACACACACACUGGGGACAGUGCUCUAAGAGUUGUGGAGGUGGUGUGAUGGAGCGCUCAGUGUUUUGUCCAGAGCCUGAACGCUGUAAUGCGAGUCUUAGACCUGAAAGCUCCGCCCCCUGUAACCUCGAGCCGUGUGUGUCGUGGGUUACAGAACCCUGGCAGCAGUGUUCAGAGAGCUGUGGUGGAGGUGUACAGAAGCGAGUGAUCAGGUGUGUGAGUGAGGGAUCAUUAGAGGAGGUGAAAAGCUCACUGUGUCUGAAAAAUGACAAACCUGAGAGUUUACGUGUGUGUGGUGAGGAGGAGUGCAGACCUGAGCGAGUGUGUAAGAGAGACAGCAUGUCCACUCGGUUCUGCUCCAGACUGAAGCUGCUUGGUCGCUGCGUCCUGAACUCCAUCCGUAAACAGUGCUGCCUCACCUGUGUGAUGUAACAUCACCCAGAGGUCACGCUGGAUCAUCAUCAUCAUCAUCCUUGUCACCCGGACUGAAAAUACUGGACCAUGAGUGCGCACACACACACACACACACACACACACACACACACACACACACACACAUUAUGGACUUGAAGAUUAUGUGUGUGUUUGUGUGUUUUUAGAAAAUGCACCACUGAACAACACAGAAUCGUCACCUUCCAGGUGUAGGGUGUGUAAGGUGUAGGGUGUGUUGGGAGUAAGGGGAGUAGGGGGUGUAGGCUGUAG